CAGCACCUAAAGCUCCCAUUAUUUCACUGUUUGCGGUCUUUUAUAAAAUGACUGAGAAAAACUGGCGAGGGAUGUAUUUCAUCUUGUGGCCUCUGUACGCUUCUAAUGUUUGUCACAGAAUCCUUGGAUUUGUGCUGUUGUGGUGUUUAGCUGGCGAAGUUUCCUCCAUGGUAUUAUGGCCGUCAGGAAGGUAUGGAUUACCAAUGCCUAAGACAGGAUGCCCCAAAACAAAUGGUUUUCACUGGAAUUCCGGGUACAUCCUCCAAGACCUUGAGGACACAGAUAGCAUGACUAGUGUCUUUCCAAACCCAUCGCAUCUACUGGGAUGGGUCUCAAACGACGUCCUGCGGUACUUUUGUAUAAAAAACAACGCGUCAGCAGCCGUCGAUAGCAAGAGGUUCCGAUGGCCCGCAGGAGAAUACUGCAUCUAUCGAAGAGGCUCUAGGUGUCCUGCGGGACUGCAGAGCGGAUCGGUGCUUUGGGAUGACGAAAACAGCGCCACAGGAACGAACAAGAACAAGCACGCCGGUGUUCUUCCAGCGGGAGCUUACAAUCAAGACACAAGAAUAUUCUUUUGCUGUCAGAUUACAGGGUCCCACGAUAACCCAAUUGAGCUACCAGUCGCCUCGCCUUUCUAUCUGAUAGCGUUCACACCGCAAUGUCAGGAGGUACUGAACUCCAUGCACACUAUGGAGUACAUUAGGUACGAUACGGAGGAUGACUACAAUCAUGACCAGAAGUCAUUUCCUUAUCCUUAUGGAGUUAGCUUUCAAGAGCCCACCAUAUACUACUGUUACUACCAAGGUAUUCCAGCUUUUGCUGUGGCCCAUUUAAUAACGCAUGCGUAGUAUGCGAGUAGUCUCUCGUGCGUUGCGGCACGAGCAAAGGCGAAGCCUCUAGAGACGAGCCAGAGUCGCACCUUUGCCUUUGCUCGUGCGGCAAUGUACGCACGACAGUCGAAUUUCGUCGAUGAGAAAAUAGCAGGAGAAGAUUUUCCUAUUUAGUAAGGCCCGUAAAUCCGCGAUUCGAUUCUAUUAGUAUUAAUCCUGCUACUAGCGUUCUCUGAUUGGCUACGCUACUCAUCAUCUAACUGUUGUAGAUAGUGAGAA